AUGGCCGAUGGUGGCAAAUUUGAAUCCGUAAGUGGUGAAGAUCUAGGACAAAACAUAGAAUUAAAUUGGGAAACCGAGUAUGAAAGCGUUGAGCAAAAAGAAGAAAACAUAAAUCAAGAGGAAAAAAAAGAGGAAUAUUCACUUAUAGCUCGAAAACCUGAUGAUGGAACUAUACCUGAAAAUAUUUUAGAAUUUUUUUAUUCUUAUGGAUAUAACUGUCGAAAGUAUUUCAAUCUUUGUGUAGUCGAUACAAAUACUGUUGCUUUUGCUGCUGGCAAUUUAAUUCAGUUUUUCAAUGUAAAAGAAAAUAAAAUGUGGUUUAAAAUAGGUUCUGUUGGUACUGGUAUUGGGUACAUAUCGAAAAAUCCUAUUUUUGAACACAUUGCUGUUGGGGCAAAUGGAGAAAACCCUCUAAUAAAUAUUUUUAACUGGCCACUUAUGAAAACUAUAAUUGUUUUAAAAGGUGGAACAACUAAACGUUAUUUUCAUUUAUCAUACAGUCCAGAUGGAUUAUUAUUGGCAUCGCAAGGUGGUGAACCUGAUUAUUAUAUUUCACUUUGGAAUUGGAAAGAAUCAAACAUUAUUUUGCAAUGUAAAUCUUAUGUUCAAGAUGUAUAUAAUGUCACUUUCUCUAAAUAUAUUCCUGGCCAGUUAACGUCUAGUGGAAUAGGACAUAUUAAAUUUUGGAAAAUGUCUAAAACUUUUACUGGAUUAAAACUUAAAGGUGAAAUUGGUAAAUUUGGGAAUACUGAAAUCUCUGAUAUUAUAGCAAUUCAUCCCAUGCCAAAUGAGACUAUAGUCUCUGGUUGUGAGUGGGGUAACAUACUCUUAUGGGAUGAAAGUUUAAUCAAAUUGGAAGCACGUAGAAAAAAUAAAGAGCCAGCACAUGUUGGCUAUAUCUCACAAUUUGAGUUGCUUAGUGGAGAAAUUAUAUCAAUUGGAUCUGAUGGAUGGAUACGAUUUUGGUUCUAUGAGACCAUAGACCAUGCUGAUCUUUCUGAUAAUGAACAAUUUCUUGAAAUUCAACCAAUUUACGAAUUUCAAAUUGCAGAGGGAAUAGAAAAUGCAAUGCUUAUGAGUAUCCAAAAGCAGGAACCAGAUAAUCCUGAAAAAACCAUGUGGUAUGCUCAGGAUGGAAAUGGGGGACUGUGGCUACUUGACCUUUGUACUAGUAAAAAAGAACAUGUUCAACAAAAACUUUUUACAUGUCAUGCUGGUCCUAUUGUCGAUAUGGAUACAGCAGAUUGGGGACCCUUUGUAGCAACGCUUGAUAAAAAUGGAAAUUUGCAUAUUUAUAACUACAUAGAAAAAGAAUUAAAUUUGAUUUAUAAAUUUUAUGACACUAGUAGUCAAGUAAUUUGGCUUCCAUGUAAGAUUGAAAAAACAGGUUCAACACUCGUAUGUGCUUUUGAAAAUGGUAUUAUUAGGAUGAUUACGGUAACAAUACAAACAACAAAUACCGGAAAUGUAAAAAUGGAUAAUACAAAACUAAUUCAAGUUUUAAAACCACAUUCAAUGCCAAUUACUGUAAUGUCUUUAAAUAUAUCUUGUAGCUUAUUAGUAACGGGUAGCGAUGAUGCCACUAUUUUUCUAUUUAAUAUUCAUACUACCAAUAAUUAUCCUGCAAUUGCACCUAUUGGCUAUGUGAAACUUCCAUCACCUGCUACUUGCAUGACAUGGAAUCCUCAAGAAGAAGCAACUCUAUUAAUUGGAUGCUUAAGAGGAGAUUGUAUGGAAGUAAAAUUGCCUACGAUACCUCAGUCAUACACAACAACUUCUUAUGAAUUAGUUAAAUGUAGACCUGCAUCAUUUAAAUUUGAAUCAGUGAAGUCUGCGAUAGAAAGACAAACUAUAAAAGAAAAAUAUGAAGCAGAGAAAGAAGAAAGACUCAAAGAAAGGAGAAAAGAAAUGGAACGAUUAAUUGCUGAAAAUCCUCACAUAAUAAUUGAUGAAGAUACAUUUCUUACGGAGCUUGAUGAAAAAGAAAUGAUUCUCCCAGAAAUUUAUAUUCCAGAAAUUCCAAAUAAAGUUUUAAUAGCACAAUAUGGCAUUGAUGGAAACAUAUGGUUAUUUAUGGCUGGGUUUGAUGCAGGAUAUGUUUACGAAUAUCCACGUCCAUUAUCUGUAAAAUUAAAACAUAAUAAACCCAUUAGGAGUAGAAUAAUCGAACAUGCAAUAGACACAGAAAUGCAUAAUUUCCUUUUUCGGGAAAAUAAGAAAUAUUUAUAUUUGGGAACACAAUAUGGACAGCUUUACGUCGUUAAGAUAAAGGACAAAGAUCCAUUAGAUUUUUCAGACUGUUGGAUUUUACAAACACAUGAUCAUUAUAAUGGACACAUCUCUAAUAUUUUAUUCGGUUAUAAUAAAGAAAUAUUGUUAACAUGUGGCCAAGAUGGAAAUAUAUUUUCUUUUAAAAUCAAUGAUGAUACACCAUAUGAGGAAUAUGAAAUACCAAAGUUAGAGUAUUCUCUUUUUAUACCUGAAAGUGUCGAAGAUAUUGAAGAUGCUGAUUAUCCAAAUUUGGAAGAAGUAAUUACUAAAAUAGAACAAGAUAGAAUUUUUUCAGUUGCAGAGAAGAAAAAGAAAAAAGUACUUGAAAUCAUACAUGAUUUAACAGAAGAAUAUGUUAAAAUUAUUACAAGGAAUAAACAUCUCCUGCAUUCACAACGAAUAUCGCAGUUUGAGCUGGAUCCUAGAAUAGUAGAAGACUUAGAACAGCAACUGAAUACACAUAAAACCUUAACAGAACGAAAGCUACAAUUUGAAGUAGAAAAGAGGAAAUUAGAAUUACAAAAGCUUAUGGACCAUUUUGUUACAUCUAUUACUUACUUACCUUUUGCAGUGCAUGGUAUAUUAGAUGAAAAUAGAGCAGUAUAUUCUUUGAGAGAAUUACACCUAGAUACUGACAACAUUUUAAAAUGUAUGAAAUUGCUGAAGGACAAAGAUGAGCAACAGAAAGUAGAAAUGGAAUUGCAGCUAAAGUUGGAUAAUAAUUUAUUCUGCGAAAAAACAACUUUAAUAAUGCAAGAACAGGUUAAGGAAGACAAACAGAAAUCAGAAGAACAAGAAAUACAAUAUUUGGAAGGAUUCUUAGCUGAAGAUUUUAGCGAUUUAUCAUCUGGAUUAGGAUUACAAAUUAAUCGAAUGUUGUUAAAGUACAAGGAAAAGAAAGCUAGAUUGAUUGAACGACAGAAAGAAUGGCAGAAACUACAUGCAAAAAAGCCAAAUUUAGUUAAAAGUCGUUUGGAAGAUGCAGUUUUCCUUGAAAAAGCGAAACAAUCCAUUGGUGAAUACAAUUUGAAAAUGAAUGUCGACUUUAGUUUAAUGAAGAAAAAAGAAACUGCCGCCAUAAAAUAUAAACAACUUAUAGAUUGUAGAGAUAAGCUUCAUCAUUUGCGAGAGAACUUUAAUACAAAAUUGAAAACGAUUGCAUUGAAAAAAGAAAAGAUGCAGAAGGAUGUUAGUAAAUUAACAGAAGUUCUUAAAAAAAUUCACACAGAAAUUCCAUUAAAAAAUAUAAAACCUUUACCACAUCCACCAAAACUGUAUUUUGAUAUUGAAUUUCCUGAACAUAAUCUUGAACUUCAGAAAUAUGUAUCUAUGUCGGAAAAGGUGCAACAAGUAAAACGCCAAAGGCAAUCAUUAAUUAUAGAUCAAUUAAUAGAUCAUUCUGAUUUAGAAUAUGAAGUAUUAUAUUGUGAUGAUAAAGCUAUCUUUCACAAAGGACAAGAAAGUCUCUAUAUUCUUAUUUCUGCUUCACAAAUGAAAAUAAAGGAUCAUUCAUCCAUAGCUGGAGAUUUAAUUCGAAAUCUUAAUAUAAAUGACUCUGUUCAAACUACCUGGGAACGUGAAAUGAAACGUUCUCGAAUGUGGCGAAAAAUAUAUGAACAAGAUUGUAUUUUACGAUAUAUCAGCGCCGAAUACAAACAAUUGGAAAAAGAUUUAGAUGAACUAGAAGAAUAUCGAUUAGACGUAGUAUAUCAAAGUACAUAUAUAAAUCUGAAUUUGUUAACUCUAUACGAAGAAUUUAUGAUCCUGCGGGAAUCUGAAACAAUGGAACAUGCACUUGAAGAGAAAGUUAUUGAUAAAUCAAAUGAACGUGUUACAAUGAUGUUAAAGAUGCAAGCUACAAAUAUUAAUAUUGCUGCACGAGAAGAAGAAAUAAAAAAAUUGCAUAUAAAAAUUAAAGAUACUGCUACUGACUUUACAAAAGCUAUUGCUGAUAAUAAAUUUCAAAAUUUCCUUCAAAAAAUAUUCAAGAGAAAAUAUACAGCAUUAAAAAAACAAAAUGGUUCUUUAGAUUCGAUUACACAAUCAUCAGAAACUAGUUCUGAAGAAACAGAUGAAACAAUAGAUUCUGAAACUGAGUACAUUCCAUUUGAUGAAAAUGUCUGCCCAAUGGGCUGUGAUACACAAUUAUAUGACAUGGCAUUUUCUAUGAGAGAAAAACGAUAUACAUAUGAAUUGCAAAUCAGAGAAGAACAAAGAGAAAUAGAAUUAUUGCAGAAAGAAUUAGAUACUGAUAUCAAACAUUUAAGAAUUAUUGAAAGUACUUUAAAAUACAAUGAAGAAGAACUGCAAAAUUUUGUGCUGGAUAAGCAAAAAAAAUUAAAUGAAAUUAAUGUAACAGUCAUAUUAAAAAUUCAUCAAUUACAGCACAUAUUAGACUCUGGAUGCACUGCAAGCAUUCAAAAUUGUAUAGUUUUUAAUAAAAAAGAAUUAGCGAAUUUAUAUGCCAGAGUUGGAGAAUUGCAAGAUGAAACAUACAACUUAGAAGAAACCCGCAAGUAUACUGAAAAAUAUAAUAGUUUCUAAAAACGAAAUAUAUUUAUGGUUUAUUGCAGGAAAAAUGAAGUACAUCUAAAACGAAUAAAAUUGGACUUAAAAUAUAUGGAAACUCAAAAUAAGAGGCUGAAGGAAUACAUUAAAGAAAAAAUGAUACAAAAAUUUGGUUGUAAAGUGUCUUUGAUUAACCUUUAUCAGACUAUUUUACAAAGAUUAAUUUAUGAUACAAAAAU